AUGUUUCACUUGCCAUACCCCACUGGACUGACCAUAAGCACGGAAAGCGGGCACCCUCGCCAAGCGAACCGAAAUAGGCUGAACUCAGCUCCGGUGAUGGCUACCGCUGCGACGAGCACACCGGGUGUCACCGCAACCACAAGGACACCUUCGGUGGUGGCGUCGUCUCACGCCAUGAGCGCGGAGGCCGCCCCCUCGCAGGAGGAGGUCGAGAACGGGAAGCAAGACCCCGGGCUCAAGUUUUUGCGCGACAUCCACCUCACGCCGGAAGAGGACGCGCGCUACGCCUCGUUGGCAAGGGGGUGGAUCCCAGACCUUGUGGGGUUUGAGGCUUCGGACGAAGGCUGGAAGCUCUCAUCCACCCUGUUCGGGGUGAAGGUCUGGUCGCGACCCAACCCGGAUGACUCGGACUCGUCGCUGGUCAUCUGCCGGGGGCAGAUACCGCUCACCCAGGACGUGACCUUCGAGAUGGUGAAGACGCAGUUCGUCGACGUGUUCAACACGUCAGAGAUCUUGGCGCAGCAGAUGAGGGCGUCUGAUCCCAUGAGCAGGGAGACCAAGAUCCUGUACCAGAUCCCCUGCGAGGAAGGCGAGCUCAUCAGGAUCUCGUGGGGCUCCUUCAAGGCGGCCGGGGUCGCCUGGGCCAGAGACUUCUGCUUCCUGCAGCACGCCGCGGCCUCCACGGACCCAGCAACGGGGGAGCGGCUCUUCUGCGUCGUGUCCGGGAGCAUCGAGAGGCCGGAGGUGCCCGACAUGGAGAAGCUCUGCAAACGCAUCCGCUCUACCGUCAAGACUUCAGGCUUAGUGUUCCGGGAGCCAAAGGACGGUGGACCGAUGCGAGCGACCUAUGUGGUGAACGUGAACCCGAAUGGCUGGAUCCCGAGUAAGAUCGUCAACAUCAUCUGCACCAACCAGGCGAUGAACGUUUCGAGGGUGAAAAACAAGCUUCACGAGACCGCGAAGGCCUUGGCAGCGCUAAAGAUAGGAGCCCCGAUCUUCCCGAAAGCGAUCGGCUGGCGACAAACGCACGAGUUCCCGCUCCGGCGCCCGGCCCCCGGCUCGGCCGCCUCCACCGUGAGCGUAAAGUUUUCCGCGACGAGCAAGGUGACGUUCCGCGUCGUGGGGGCCACCGCCGCGACCGCGGACUGGGCGCCCGCGGAGGCGUCGACGGGCGUCGGGGCGGGCGAGACUGUCACCUACCCGGCGGACACGCCGACGACGAUGACGUUUAAACUUCGGCCCGAGGCGGCGGGCGGUAACGGCGCGAGGGGGGGGGGCGGCGCCGUCGGUGCUUCUGAUGUGGAGCUGGAGGAGGCGAAGUCGAGCGUGGUGCUCGAGUGGAAGGGGGCGGGUUGGUUCGGGGGCUUGGUGAUCUACCACCUGGUCGAGGUCGCUUGA